GUUCGUCGUACGUAACAGGAAGCGUAGGUUGUGGGCUUGUUCGUUGUUUCCGGACGCUGAGGCGUGAGUUUAGUACGUUGUUGUACGGGGCCUGGGACUGUUUCGGGCAUAGCGAGCCUCCUAACAUGGCUUCUUCAGCCGGUAGCCAGACGGAGAAAAAGAAGCUGAGCGAGCUGCGCGUCAUAGACCUGAAAUCCGAGCUGAAGCGGAGAAACCUCGACGUAACCGGCGUGAAAAAUAUCCUCAUGCAAAGACUUAAGCAGGCUAUUGAAGAUGAAGGUGGUGAUCCAGAAAAUAUUGAAAUUCCAGUCAAUGCAGAUACUCCUUCCAAGAAACCGCUGAAAAAUAAAGGAAAAAAACAAGAUACAGACGAGUCUGGCUGUGAAGCUUCAGUGGAGGAAGAUUUCGUAAAGGAUAAUGAGCUGGAGUCUCAAGAUGUCAGUGAUCAGGAUGGUAAUGAUGAAGUGAAGGACUCAGAGGAAAAUGAUGAGGAAAAGUCUAAGUCUGUGAAAGUAUUGCCCACAGAAGCAGAAGAGAGCAGUGCAUCACAGCAAACAUCUACAGCCAAUGACCCUGAAAAAGAAAGUGAAAACCAGGAAAAUGAUGUUCAAGAAGCACACACAGUUGAGACUUCUGAAACUGUUGCAACGCCAGAGGAAACGGAAGAAGACGAAAUAAAAGAUGUAACAGGUUCUGGUGAUGGUACACAAGAAGUAUGUAAACCUCUUCAUUCAGAAGAGGAUGAAUCAGAACUGGCAGUCAAAGAAGAAAUGGAAACUAACACAUCCCUGAAAGAAGCUGACGAUGAUAACGUAUCUGUCACAAUCCAGGCUGAAGAUGCCAUCACUAUCGAUUGUGAUGGGGAUGACCUUCUGGAAACAGGUAAAAAUGUGAAACUUGCAGAUUCUGAGGCAAGCAAACCCAAAGAUGAGCAGGAUUCGAGAGAUGCAAAGAGUGGCCUGGAAGAACAAAAAGAUGAGAUGUCGGAGAACCAAAAUGAUGACAAGAAGGAUGAGGGCGAGAAGGCUGAUGGAGUUAAGAAAGAAGGUAGAGAAGGUUCAAAGAAAGCUGAAUCUGGAGAUAAAGACAAGGAUUCUCAGAAGAAAGGGCCCUCCUCUACAGGGGCCUCUGGUCAAGCAAAGAGUUCUUCAAAGGAUACCAAAGAGAACAAGACAACAGUGAAAGAGGAUAAAGGAAGCACUAGUAGUACCAGUAGCAGUUCAACAAGAAAUCUUUGGGUCAGUGGACUCUCUGCUAACACGAAAGCAGCUGACCUGAAAAACCUGUUUGGAAAGUAUGGAAAGGUUCAUAGUGCAAAAGUAGUUACCAAUGCUCGAAGCCCAGGAGCAAAAUGCUAUGGCAUUGUUAUAAUGUCAUCUAGUGCGGAUGUAGCCAGAUGCAUCUCUCACCUCCAUCGCACAGAAUUACAUGGUCAACAGAUUUCUGUGGAAAAGGUUAAAAGUGAUCCUUCCAAAAGGGAUGUAAAGAAAGAAGGAGAUGAGAAAACCAGUUCAGGCCGACCAUCUGGGGAGCGAAAAUCAUCCGGAGGGGACAAAAAUAAGACUCCAAGUUCAGCUAAGAAAGAGGAUAAGAAAUCCGAAAAAACAGAAAAAGAUGGAAAAGACCCAAAAAAAGAUGUGAAAGAAAAAAGUGAUGCCGGUUCCUCUCAUGAGUCUCCGAAAAAGAGUGAAGAAAGGAGACGGACAGGUGGUAAAAGUCCUGGACAAAUGGUAGUUUUAGACCAAACAAAAGGUGACCAGGUCUAUACAAGACCACCAAUGCGAAGAGGGAGAUUUGAUAAUAAGCAAUUAAACACUUUGCAGAUGACUAAUAGAGAGAGGUUUCUUCAGAACAAGAUGAAAUUCCGAGAAUUCAGGGGAAAGAAGGACAUCUUGACGUUUGAAAAAAUGAAAGCGCAGAGACUUAGGGAGAAUGUCGAACGUCUGGAACGUUUACAGCGUUAUCACAGAGCUGUGGAACUUAGACGACGCAGGGAGCUGGCUGAAAGAGAACGUCGCGAGAGGGAGCGUGUACGGAUGAUGCGUGAGCGGGAGGAACUUGACCGCUUGCAGCGUGAGCGAGAACGCCUAGAGAUAGAAAGACAAAAGCUGGAAAGAGAGAGAAUGGAGCGCGAACGCCUUGAACGUGAAAGGAUUCGUAUCGAACAGGAACGCCGCAAAGAAGCAGAACGCAUUGCUAGAGAAAGAGAAGAAUUGCGUCGGCAACAAGAACAACUUCGUUUUGAACAAGAGAAAAGGAAUGCUCUGAAGCGACCGCGUGACGUUGAUCAUAGGAGAGAUGAUCCAUUCUGGAAUGAAAACAAGAAAAUGGCGAUGGAUACAGACUCCCGCUUCAGCCAUAGUUCAGAUUAUACCCGCCAGCAGAACAGAUUCAAUGACUUUGAUCAUAGGGACAGGAAUCGGUAUCCUGAGGGUUCAUCUGUAUCCUCCUUUGAAAGACGAGACCGCUUUGUCAACCCAGCAGAUGCAAAAAAAGGCAGAACUGCCAGUAUGGAUAGCUUUAACAAAAACUUUAGUGACACUAGAAGAAAUGAAACUGCCCAACCAAGAAAUGAACCACGUGACACAGACAGAAGGGAUCGGGAUGAAAGAAGGGCUGUAGGGCUGGAAAGGGCAGGCGCCAAUAGAAGUGAAGGCCAAGGCCAUGAUAGGGGAAGAAUAGUUAGUCCAGAUAUUCAGCAUGGUCGCAAUCCGAGAGACUCUGGGUCCAACCAAGCCCGGUCUGCUAAUUGGAAAGCUGAAGGACCGAUAACAGCUGAGAAACGGGAGGCAAGAGAUGUUGUGUUUUUACACAGAGGUGAAAGGACUGACAGGCCUGGAAGAGAAGGACCUGGCCCGUCAACGAGAGGUGGCCGCGGGGGGAAACCUGGCUACCCUGGCAGAGAUGAUCGGGCCGUUAUUGUUGGUGACAGGGGAAACAGUGGGCAGCAUUUUAAUGAUCCAAGACAUGUUGUUGUGGAUCGCCAAGGACGAGACGCUGGCGUGCCAAGGAAAGAUUGGCACGGUCCUAGCACACGAGGCAGUGGAUAUGAUGCACGGCGGCUGCCUGAAGGCCGCAGUGGAGCCAUGAUGUCUUCACAUUCCAGUAAUUCAGCGAUUAACAGAGUUGUGCAGAUGCCAGGUGGGCACAUGCAGAGGGGCAGUGGCUCAGGAUUUAAGCCCUUUAAGGGAGCACCUCCAAGAAGAUACUGAGUCGGCUAUUACCUGGUUUUCAGAUAACUUAUUUCCUGUAAACAUUACUAAAUCCGUCAGUACUGGUUUAAUCCUAUGGUUAGUUGCUUAUAUAUUAUAUAUUUUUUUUUUUAACAAUUUUAAUUAUUUGGUCAACAGUAGAAGAAUUUUAAUGACUUGAAUUGGCUUAUCCAUGAAGUAAGCCUAUGACGCCUACUGCGUAAAAUGUUUUGGUACCAAAUGCCUUGGUUAUUAGCACUAAAAUAACAUGGACUGUGUCGCAGUGCUUUUUUGGCCCUUUUUAUAAGAACAGAACAUUUCUGCCAGUGCUGUGUAAAUUAGUACAUGGGUUAGACUUUAUUUUUUAGAUGCCAAGGCUUGUUUUUGGGGGGUUUAUUCCCAGUUUGUAGGAAAGUAUUUUUUGUCAACUUUUUUUGCAGUGUAAAACCAGUAAUGUUAAAUGUCACCUACAGAAGUGUAGAAUAUUUUGUUUGUGUUCUUAUUCAGAACCCAUUUCUUCAGCGAGAUGAAAUGUACUCCUGUGUUUUUGUGAAUUUUGCCCAAUGUUUCCCAGCUUUUUCAUGACUUGUAAACUUUUUAGGUGGUAUAACAAAAAAUAAAACACUUGUUUCAA